GCCUUGUCCGCUCCAGGCUGGCGAGGGGUCGCCCGCCGGCGUUGCGCUGGUGACGGGCUUUUGCUGGGCGACUGCGGCGUGUGGCCUUGCUCCGCGAUGCUCUGCUCUGCACUGCUUUGCUUUGCUUUGCUUUGCUGUGCUCUGCUUCGCGUCGCCUCGGCUCGUUGCUCGCGGCCCGCAGAACGUGCCACAAAUCAAAGCUGCCUUUUGCAGCCGGGUUGAGAAAUUUUGUGGGCCGUUGAGUUUCCCCAGUCAACGCGCCCGCCGACUCGCGCACCAAAAAGCCUGUGCAGCACACGAGACAGCGCCUCCGCGACGGUCAGAACACGAUUGCAUGAUUUUCAUUUUUGCUUAUUCCUCAUUACGAGCAAGCGGCGCCCAAGCUAACUCUUCAAAGACGCGUAGCACGCAAGAGCCAUAUUCAAGAAAAAAAAAGCCCCUUCGCUUCGUCGGGGUCAGCGUUGGCAGAGAAACCACCGCCAUCAUCGCCCCUCGGGAUCCGCACCGGCACGCCAAACAAGACACCGUCCGCAACCCGAGGAGUCGUUGUCCGACGGGCUGCUCGCUUGAAGACCUGUCCGACGACGUUCGGCCGCUGCUCGAGCUGCUGCUACCACUCCUGCUCCCCCGUCUUGCAGCACGUCUUCCGUGGUCCUGCUCUUGUUUUCGCCAACCGUCGAUGCCAUUGCGAUCAUUGCUGCUGAUCACGCACCACGCGGCAGGCCACCACUCUCCAAGCCUCAACCGGCCCAAAUUUAGGAUCUGCACUUGGUCGCCCAAUCUGACGCGCUAGGCCGCUCGCAGACGACAAGCCGCAAAGCUCAAUAUCUCACAUCGCCCCAACCCCAAAAAAAAAGUGCCAGGCCGACCCUCUCUGACCAGGGUCGUGUGUCUUUGCUCGCUCAACGCCGGAUCACCACCACCGCCCGCCGAAGCACCCACCAAAUUCAACACACUUGUCCUGCUGCCAGUCCGAUUCCCCUCCCAAGCCCGAAUAAUCAAUCGCAAUCCCUUUCAAGCUGCCCAAUUCAUCUCUUGUUUCUCUCCCCGUCAAGAAAGGGAAAAAAAAAAAAGAGUUUUCUCAUUCCUUCCCCUGCCCCACCGUACAUCAAACACAAACAGGAGCUAGCUCUGCGGCCAUCAGACUCCGAGAAAGCAUCUUUUGCGUUUUGUGGUCUUGUUGGUCCUUCACCGUACUGGGCUUUGCAGCUCCGGACCCUGGCUUUCCACGUCCGACUCUGCAGCACCAACACCACACACUCCACCACGACCGCACGCACACACACUCUCUCUCUCCUCACGAAGCUUGUCCCCGUCUGCCCACCCGCGCAGAACCUCAAUUGACUGACUUGUCAUCCAAGCAUAGAGAUUUCAAAGCCAUACUCUCUCCCUGCUUAGUCCUACUCUCCGUCUGACAGUUCUCCCAACAAACAUGCCUCCCGCGACCACAAAUGGCGCUCCAGGGGCUAGCACCUCGCUCAACGUGCCCGGCGCUGCCAACGGCGAGACCGCGAGCCACGACGUGAACGACAACAUUCGCCGCUUCCAGGCGCCGAGCAGAAUGACCAGCCCGCCGCCAGAGCACACGUUGUUCCACAACAAGACACGAUGCUUCGUAUAUGGUCUACAGCCAAGAGCCGUUCAGGGCAUGUUGGACUUCGACUUCAUCUGCAAGCGCAAGACCCCUUCAGUGGCAGGCAUCAUCUACACGUUCGGAGGCCAAUUCGUCAGUAAGAUGUACUGGGGCACAAGCGAGACGCUCCUACCGGUCUACCAGUCGGUGGAGAAGGCCUUCUCCAAGCACAGUGACGUCGACACCGUCGUCAACUUCGCCUCGUCCCGCUCCGUCUACCAGUCGACAAUGGAGUUGAUGGAGUACCCGCAAAUUCGCUCCAUCGCCAUCAUCGCUGAAGGCGUUCCCGAGCGCCGCGCCCGUGAGAUCCUGCACGUUGCCAAGAAGAAAGGCAUCACCAUCAUUGGCCCCGCCACGGUCGGAGGCAUCAAGCCCGGCGCCUUCAAGAUCGGCAACACGGGUGGUAUGAUGGACAACAUCGUCGCGUCGAAGCUGUACCGCCCGGGCUCCGUCGCAUACGUAUCCAAGUCCGGUGGCAUGUCCAACGAGCUGAACAACAUCAUCGCUAACACUACCGACGGUGUGUACGAGGGUGUCGCCAUUGGUGGCGACAGAUACCCUGGAACCACCUUCAUUGACCACAUGCUCCGCUACCAAGCCGACCCCAAUUGCAAGAUCCUCGUCCUGCUUGGUGAGGUUGGUGGCGUUGAGGAGUACCGCGUCAUCGAGGCUGUCAAGUCCGGCCAGAUCAACAAGCCUAUCGUCGCAUGGGCUAUCGGCACCGUCGCCGGCAUGCUCAAGACGGAGGUGCAGUUCGGUCAUGCCGGCUCCUUCGCCAAUUCGCAGCUUGAGACCGCUGCGGCCAAGAACAAGGCCAUGCGUGAGGCUGGCAUCUUCGUCCCCGACACGUUCGAGGAGCUUCCGGAGCUGCUCGCCCGCGUCUAUUCCCAGCAGGUCAAGAGCGGUAACAUCAAGCCGAAGCCCGAACCUGCAGUUCCCAAGAUUCCCAUGGACUACUCGUGGGCCCAGGAGCUGGGUCUCAUCCGCAAGCCGGCUGCCUUCAUCUCCACCAUCUCGGACGACCGUGGCCAGGAGCUGCUGUACGCCGGUAUGCCCAUCUCGGAUGUAUUCAAGGAAAACAUUGGCAUUGGCGGUGUCAUGUCACUGUUGUGGUUCCGCCGUCGUCUGCCGGACUACGCCAGCCGCUUCCUUGAGAUGGUGCUCAUGUUGACGGCCGACCACGGUCCGGCCGUCUCCGGUGCCAUGAACACCAUCAUCACCACCCGUGCUGGCAAGGACCUCAUCUCCGCGCUUGUCUCCGGUCUGCUGACCAUCGGUUCGCGCUUUGGUGGCGCUCUCGACGGCGCCGCCGAGGAGUUUACCCGCGCCUUUGACAAGGGCUUGUCUCCACGUGACUUUGUCGACACCAUGCGCAAGGAAAACAAGCUCAUCCCAGGCAUUGGCCACAGGAUCAAGUCGCGCAACAACCCUGACUUGCGCGUCGAACUUGUGAAGGACUACGUGAAGAAGCACUUCCCGUCCACAAAGCUGCUCGACUACGCGCUCGCCGUAGAGACCGUGACCACGUCCAAGAAGGACAAUCUCAUCCUGAACGUCGACGGCUGCAUUGCUGUGUGCUUCGUGGACCUGCUGCGCAACUGCGGCGCCUUUAACCAGGAGGAGGCUGAGGAUUAUCUCAAGAUGGGUACGCUUAACGGCCUGUUCGUCUUGGGACGGUCGAUUGGUCUGAUCGCUCAUUUCUUGGACCAGAAGCGCCUGAGGACGGGUCUGUACCGCCACCCCUGGGACGACAUCACUUACCUGCUGCCAAACCUCAACACCGGUGCUCCGGGCGCCGAGGGCCGUGUCGAGGUCAGUGUGUAAGCGUCGGAAGGAGAAAAAGAAGUGGAAGACGAAGCGGGGGAAGAAGUGCCAAAAAGAGCAUAAAUAUAUAUCCCCAAUUCAUAUUGUUAUUCAUGUUCCUCUUUUCGUUUUCGCGAGCAGCGGGCGAAGAAGCAUGGUCGAAACCCCGGAUGAAAAGAAAAACUUUAGUUGGGUACGUGGAACUCAUGGCAAGUGGGAAGGGCAUAGAUGACCCCUCUCGAACGUGCCCCGAUGAGAGAUACGAGGAGGAGUUUUUUGCGCGUGGUUGGCGCACGUGGGCUGCUGAAAGAUCUAAGGUGAUUUUCGGCUUAGACGGGGGAACGACAUCGACGCAUUGAUUUUUGCCUUGAUCUAAACGGUUAAUGCAAUUGUAGCAAUAGGAAAUGUUUUUUUUGA